AUGAUAGAAAUAUUGGCUAUUUUAUCGUUGUUUGGUGGGUGCUGUUCCAAUGUAUUGAGUUUAGAAGAACUUUUACUAGAUAAUAAAGAUCGGUUGGGAAAUGUGGUCACUUUUACACAGUUUAUAUUCGUUAUCCUAAUUGAACUGCCGAAGUUUGUCAGCUUAAAAGGGAGGAAAGUCUCAAUAAAACCCUGCAAGAUACCGUUCUUUAUCCAUUCAACGUCAGCGUUGCUCUUUUUCAUUGGAUCUGUUCUUAAUAAUAACGUUUUCAUGUACAACAUUUCAAUUCCAUUACACAUUGUCAUCAAAUGUUUGAGCACCGUAAACACCAUGAUUUUCAGUUCAAUAAUUCUCAAAAAGAGAUAUCCUUUUGCUCAAAUUAUAGCAGCACUCAUGAUGACUUUUGGGGCCAUAAUUACCUCUGUUUUCAGGUCUACUGAAAUUACGUCGUGGCAUAACUUUUUGGAAAGCUUUCAAUAUUCUAACGGGUCAAACAGGCUAUUUCUCGGUAUAUUAUUACUUUCAUUAUCAACGAUGGCGAUGUCAUUACUCGCUGUUCUUAAUGAGUAUACCUUUCGUAAGUAUGGAAGGUUUUGGGAAGAGUCAUCGUUUUAUUGUCAUCUACUCUCAACACCAUUGUUUCCAAUUUUCACUCGUUUGAAUUUGAAGAAGGAUCUUCCACUAUUGAUGGAGUCAAAAGAAACAGUCCUGUUACCGUAUACGAACAUAAAUCUUCCAAGAAAAUUAUUCAUGUUGAUUGCCAAUAACUUGACCCAAUUCAUCUGUAUUCAGAGUGUCAAUUUGUUAGCAAGUUUAACUGACGCUCUUACAUUAUCUGUCAUCAUGCUUAUCAGGAAAUUUGCGAGUCUUCUUUUAAGCGUAUACAUCUUCGGCAACCACAUGACAAAAACAGCUAUUUCUGGGACUAUUAUAGUGUUUUCAGGGGCUAUAAUUUAUUCUUGGAACUCCGUUGCCAAUGGUACUUCAAAAUGUGUGCAGAAGAAGGUUGAAUAG